UGUUAUGUAAAAUAUACGUAACAUUAAAUAAACAUACAAUAAACUAUAAAUAUAAUAACAUAAGCAAUAAAUCAAUAUAUUUAGUGAGAAGAAUGAACCUGAUGCUUUAAUAAUAAAGAUAUAAGAUAGUAUGAUGUAAGUAAAUAGGUAUUAUCAGUGUAUGUGUUUAGAUUCACCCCCUCCACCAUCGUGGCCCCCAAAUUUUUUCUCGCUGACGUAGACCCCUUGCAGGUUGUCAUAGACCCCUAGGGGUCGAUAUAGACCACUUUGGGAAUCACUGGUUUCUACAGUUGCGGCCACUGGUCGUGGUCGUGCGAUAAGUCUCUAAAAACAAACGAUAUAUCGUCAUCGUCCCGUAGUCGUCCCGCACCCUAUCCUGGUCAUUGGACUGCGAGGGUGCGGGAGCGCGGGGCACGGGGAUGAGGGGCGCGGAGUUUGCAGACUUCAGUCACUCGCGUUCAGUAGUGGCGCGACGGUCGUACCGCGCUUUCGCGUACGUUGUUGUGUUUACCCCCAUUCGUAUUACGAUGCAGCGCCCCUGGAGAUGAGCCUCCUUGGCCCGGUGGCCGCCGCUCGCUGUGUCCCUCCCCCGCCCCGCGCCCGCCGCCAUGCCGCGCGCCGCCCUCCUCACCGCACUCGCGAUCUACUGCACCACUCUUAUUGGCUUCCCUUCCGCCCGCUCCGAAAAGAGCAGCUCUGAGCGUCCCCCCCUCACCGCGGCGGAGCUCCCCCGAGACGCACUCCUCUACCCCUCUCUACGCGACAACUCUAGAACACUAGGCGACUACCCCGGAACUUCCAACGAUAACAGCAACGACGAAGCUACUAACUUUAGCCCUAUUAGUAAAAACUUCCAACCAUUCUUCGACACUAACGAUUUCGACGAAGAUUCGAUAGACAAUACAGACGUAAACGAAGUAACUGGCGUUGACUACGAUGAAACGGAAACGAGCAUUGAAGACAGCAAUUUGCUGGUUACGCCUGAUGAAACACCUUCCGUUGAAACCUUCGAAGACUCUAGUGUAACAAAAAAUAACGUCCUAAAUACUAAUAAUGAUAAUAUUUUUGAAACGGAUGUAAUAAGUAAAAGCAAUAUAAGCCCAGAAGAUUACAACGAUAUACAAAAUGUUCCUGAAAUUUUAGAACCUAUAAUUAAUGAGAGAAAUGAAAACUCUUUAGAUGUUAGUGAAACCACUAAAGGUUUGUUGGAGAGCGAAGAUUUGAAUGCUUCUGACAGUGGAUUUAUAGUAGCCCCUGGCUCAAAUGUCGAUGAAUUGAAUAGGAUUUUAAUGGCAGAAGAAGCGAGAGUAGACGCAGAAAAUAAAAAAUUAGCAGGUGAACUUGGAUCUGGCGCUGGAAAUGCGACUAAAGCGUCUGUGAGUGAAGAUGAUUUAAGUAAAGCUCAAGUUGCAGAGGACGAUACCUUAGAACGUCAAAAGAGAAGCAGUGCGGAUUGGGAUAAACCUUCGAAGUCGCGUCGCGUCAAGACGGGCGACACGAUACUCAACAUCCGCGGGGCGGUGCGCGACGCGAUCGGCGACGCGGGCGCAGCGCCGGGCAUGCGCGCGUCGUCGCGCGUCGACGCGUUUGUCAUCCGACCGUCGCCUGUGUUGCGCGACGAGCCACGGGAGCAGAUGAGAGAAGCGCGUCGCGACAGAGUGGCCUCCGCUUCUCCGCAGCCGCUGAAGCAGGAGAAGGAGUUGUUGGUGGAGCCACACGCUCGCGCGCGCAUCGUGUGUGACCUAGUAAAUGUUACUAAUCUGCGCUGGUACAAGGAUAGUGAGCAAGUAAAUCUGCCGUCUUCCCCGGGUGGCGGGGAGGCGACUUGGCGGCAAGGUGACGCGGUGGAGAUAGCUCGCGCGUCGCGUGGUCAUGCCGCACGGUGGCGCUGCGCUGGUCGCGACCGCACCGGCCGCACUGUCACUGGCGAACCCACUCGACUGCUUAUAUACGAGCCAGUCCGCUCUGUGUACCUGGCGGUGGACGGCAGACGACUGGACGCAGGCAACACCUGGGUGCCCGUCAGAGACAAAACUGUGCUGGAAGUGCGGUGCGUUGCUGAAGGUGGCGUCCCUCCACCGGAGUUGUCCUGGCGUCUUUUAGCACUGGAGCCCGCACUCGAUCACAGACCCUACCUGCGGAUUCAUCAGACUAAUUAUACUAUAGAUGGAGUGUGGUGGUCGCGUGCAGUAGUAACAGCAGCACGGGAGCUACACAACGGCACGCUACAAUGCGCGGCGCGGCAGAGGCGCCCCGAUGCACCCCCUCGCCCCGCUCCACCCGCCGCGCUGACCGCCAAGCUGGAGAUCCACGUGACGUACCCACCGUCGUUCGUGAUCUCGCGCUGGCCUGGCUUCGGUGUGGCACUCACAGCGGGUGGCGCAGCUGCCUUACGCUGCGAUGUCGACGCUAACCCGCCCGCGCGUGCUGCUUGGAUGCGUGACUCUGAUACACCCUCCAGCUCGCCAACGCCGUUGGAGACGGGCGAGGAGGAUGGUGCGGCGCUGGGCUCGGCCACGCUGCGCUGGGUGCGGCUGAGGGAGUCGCACGGCGGCUGGUAUAGAUGUCGAGCGCGCUGGAUGGACAUCGAGUACUCCUCCAUUGGUUACUACCUCAAUGUGCUGGCUUCCGAUGAAACUCAGACUGCGACUGAGUCGGACGCCAAGGAAGAGGAGCCGGACCAUCAGAAGGUGGAAGUGCCGCUGGGAGGCAAUGUACAGCUACACUGUCCAAAAGGCAGCGUGGGAUGCUGGUGGCGCCGCAUAGUGGGCAACGCUUCGGAUGCGUGGGCGCCGGCAGGCUCGCACCACGCGCACGGCGUGUUGGGUAUAAAGGAGGCCCUAUACGAAGAGGGUGGGGAGUACCGCUGCGUCGGCGCGCGCGCUCCUGACCUGAAGCGGCUUAGAGAGCUCAAACGCGUCACACUCCGGGUGACAGGUGGUGCAACAGCGACUGCUAACAGUGCAGAGGCGACACCCAACGGCUGGCGGCUAGAGUGUGGUGUCUGCGGGCGCAGUCUACGCGUGCUGUGGUUACGCGGUGGUCAAGCGUUGCCCGCUGUGCUUACACCGGACCUUGCACAGCAUUGCUGGAAGACGGUGCUGCUAGUACCAGAGCCUGACGAGGUCUGGUGCGUAGUGGUGUCCUCUAGCGGUGGCGCGGUGGCCGUGUUCCCUCGCCGGACUAUCGAGGCUUCCCCGUCCCCCGCGCGGCACGCGGUGCGCGCGCUGCAGGCCGGCGCGGGCCCGGCACGUGCCAUGACCGGCACCGUCUUGAUCGGACUAUGGUUGGUUGCGUUGGUCUAGUCUCAGAAGUCCCUCUUGUUGUUGACCUAAUUGUAUGGUCACAACAAAAACUUGUCACAUUAGUGUCAAUUUUGACGUCAGAAAUUGUGUCAAGGUGUGUAUCAGACGGGACCUGCUGAAAAUGAUGAUAGCUUUCUACUGCGAGCUGUUUAUAUUAUUAUUUAUUAUUGUCAAUUCACACAAUAUUCGAUUGUCUACUGAAACAAUUGUUCUAUUUAUAAAUUGAACACACGAAAAUAAAUGACGUCCAGUUAACGACGAUGUAAUUCGUCUUUUAUCUUUCCAAUGUUUAAUUGUUUUGAUAAGUAAAUCAAUGUAUAACAUACAUUUAGAUACUUGUACCUAUUUGGUUAGUAAAUUAAGUUAUUUAAUGCUCAAUAUAACAUUAGCGAAGUAGCAAUAAAUAUUUAUAAUAUAUGUUUUGCAUUAAAUGAUAAUAUCAAAUACGCAGCUGAGUUUAUUGUAUCCAAUCUCUAUCAGAGAUAUACUAAAAAAGUGACUGAAACGUAACAUAAAGGAUGCGUCACACGAAUCGACUGCUUACUUUUAGUACUAUUAUGUACCUACUAUAAUAAUAUCGGUCAGAUUAUCGCUACAGUGACCUGUAUAAUGGGCCUACCACACACUCGAUGAGUGACAUGGGAAAUAUCGAGGAAAGAAGUCAUGAGAUGUACUCGUAGUGUUGCGAUGUAACUGGUCAGGCCGCAUGUCAUGCUCCUCGUCAUGCCCACCGCUCCCUAUUUUGGCGAUUUUGAGUACGAUCCAAAGGAUAAGAACAGAGAUUCGCGAUUAACCCGGCGUGAAUGAGUUGAAAAAAGUUACAUAGACUAUGAGGUGGGUAUGUCAUACCCAAAUAUAGAUUUGUCGAUUGUAAUAAUUGGAAUGACAUUAGAAUUCUUUUCAUUCAUUCAUUGAUUCAAAUCACUCUCUGCACGACCUUCUCCAGCUACUGAUCCAGCCGAGUUCCAGGAAUCGCUCAGUUCCGAAAUAUUUAGUGUUUUACAUAAUGGCUGGGUAUGAGAUACCCGACCUCUACCACGGCAGGUUAAUUUUGCAAGUAGAGCAGUGUGCGGACAGAGAGAGCAACAUCGCGGCAACGCGAGGAGCAUAGCGUUAUGCAUAGCGAUAAGCAACGCGAGGAGCAGAGCUAUGAGCAGCACGAGAAGCAUAGCCAUGAGCAGCGCGAGAAGCAUAGCUAUGAGCAGCACGAGAAGCAUAGCGAUGAUCAGCGCGAGGAGUAUAUCGAAGAGCAUAGUGAGUGCAGGCCCAUAAUACUGUCCGACAAUUACCGAUUGACUUUAGGUCAAGUGUGGACGCUUCCUAAGGGAAGUAGUUAUAUUUAAAUUUAUUUUUUUAUUAAAAAAUUAUAACGAAGUUGGUGAUAAGUUGAUGUAUGUUUACACUUCGCAUCAGGCUAGUGUUGAUGGGUUUGUAGUUAUUAAUUUGUUGGAUACGAUACAACGUUUGUGAUCGGUUUCUUUUCAUAAAUGAAACGAAUGUUGUUGUUACUGGUAGCUUCGUACUUUAAAAUUCUUGUGCAUAAUUUAGUAAAAAGGUAAUAUUACCUAACAAAAAUAAGCGAUUCGUUUUACAAAAGCAUCCGUGUUACUAUUGCAUAAAACAAAAACAACACAAUAGUACCAAAACAUGAUAGUGGAUUCUCAAAUGAGUAAUACCUUAUUAUAUCUACUGUGGUAAUACACUCUGCUACGGUCUUUGCUGCCCCAUGAUCACUUUGCUGCACGAAGAUCAGCUAGGCUAUUCUGUAACGAUAUUUUUAUAACUCGCAAGUGCGAGUUCAUCUCUAUCUCUCUCUGUUUAAAACGAUACUAUAGAAUGAGAAAGAUAGCGGUGAAUUCGAAACUCGCUUCGAGUUCUAAAAAUAUCGUUAGGGAAUAGCCGUGCUGUCAGCAGUAUAGCGGGGUCCGUAUCCACGUGCUGGCGGCUAUACACCAGGACAUACUCUGGUGGUGGUCCACGGCUUUCACGAGUGUCUUCUGCUAUAUAAGUGUUUACGUCAAUAUGCUGUUUGAAUUAAAUAACUCAAUGUUAAAAGAAUUUUAAAUUAGAAAAAAAAUUCAAGAACCCGGUCAUUAAAACCGUUGUAUCGAGUGUAAACCAAAGAAUUGUUUUAAGCUCUUCUAUUAUUGUAGCUCUCUACUAUCUAUACUGUAGUGUGUAAAGGCCCUUAUUCUCUUAGUAAAAUACAUUACACGAUGUUUACUAAGGUUUUCGUCCUGUAGAAUUGUAACAGUAGUUCCAUAUCGUAAUAGCCUUUGUGUGGUUUUAGUCCUCGACGCUUAAACACGAAUAUGUAUAAAUUAAUUGAAUAAAUAUUUUGCUACAAUUUGUUUUUAUAUGGACAUUUCAAAAUGUUGUGGAGAAAACAUCUAGUGGCGUAGCUAGACGAGGGGCAAAGUUAGCCCCUGGUCUCGACCUCGUACCUACUAAAAGAGGCCCCGUAAAACUUUUUAGGGAGGAUUUGACAUAAUUACAUUCAAGGGCUGUUAAAUCGAUUUGAUCACAGUCAUGAAAGCUGCAAUAGCAAAAGAUAAGCAAUUCACUAUAGCUACCUUGUUUGAUGACAAAAACGUGGUUUAACAUUUCAUUUACUAAAAGAAAGUAUUUAAUAAAAAAAUACGUCCUAGUUUUUAGCGAAGAAAAGAAAAUAAAUCAAUUAUUUACUGUAUUAUUACUGUAUAGACAAACAAACAGACAUUUUUAAUCUUGAUAUAGACUUAACGAGCAAACACUUCUGUUUCAGUUAUCUAAACAAAGAACGAAUAGGUACACAAGAAAGGUUUUCUCAACCAAAAUUUAGAAUCAAAAUGACGCAGUAAGCGUCUAGGACUAAAUCCACAUUAUCUCUAGUAGAUGAAAUGUGUGUUGUAUUCUAGCAUUUCUAGUACUGUAGUCAUCCUAUAACGAUAAUUUGUUAUGUACUUUAGUGCUCCUAACUCCGAAACUGUCGGCAUCUUGGCCGCCAUGUUGCAUUCUUGGCACGUUCGCUGCGAUGACGCGCGCUCAACGCUUCAACUGUGAGCAAAUUAAAUAAACUCUUGUAUUGUGACUGUUGUUCUUUUUGUUAAAUUUUAAGGUUUAUUUUUUCUAGACAUUGAAUAAUGUCCUUUUUUCUUCUUCGUUCUUAUUCGUUAGUGAGUUAUUUUUGCUUGUUUAUAGUUGUUGCUGAAAGAAUAAGAAGACAUAGACUCUUUAAACCACAGAGUAAAUAUCUUACAAACCCAUAAAAAAAACAAACAACACGGGUCUCCUUAACAUCCGCAUAUACAAACUUUUUUCCUAAUUUGUAUUUCAAAAUUUAACACUAACAACAAAUUAAUAUAAUAAUCAAUAAUUACCAAUAAAAGAUACUCUAUCUUAUUUCUUUAGUUUUUGUGAACAAUUUUUAAAUAUUUAAAAACAUAAGACGCCAUUUUUAACCGACUUCAAAAAAGGAGGAGGUUUCUCAAUUCGACCGUAUAUAUUUUUUCUUGAAUAAUAUUGAAAGUUACUGAUUUAACACUGACGUCUUUGUCUUUGGCUUCAUGUCGUACUGACUCGAGAAUGUAUUCGUUUUUUAAUUUUGUAUUUGGUGGGGCUAGGACACCGUCGUGUUCCGUGCGCUCCAUCUGCCUAUUAUUGAUUAAUCUGUGCUGUAUAAAGUAAAGUAUUUUGUAAAUUAUCGUAACUGCAGUUUUUUUAUAUUUAAACUGUCCUAAAAGUAGUGAUUUUUCUAGUUUGAAAACAGUAUAUAAAACGGUAUUUUUUAUUAAUAUCAAUUCAAACCUAUUUUUAAUAUUUAAGUUUUUUAUAAUUAUGAAAAAACGUGCAUUGCAACGAACGUCCUAUCUAUACUAGUCCUAUCUCUAUAAAUAGUUUUUUCAACUGUUUCCUAUUAGUUUCUCUUGCAUUGUUAUUUUAGUUUUAGUGACUGUUGGAAACAGGAAAGCGAUGUGCCAAAUUGUUGAUGUUGUAAUAGAUUUUCUUAUAUUGAUGAAGGGCUAAAUUGUGGGUAUAUUUUUGUUCCUUUUUCUCAAAAAGUGUGUUGACACAUUGUGAAAUAUUUGUAACUCUAUGGAAUGCAGAUACGAAACGAUUGAGACAUGGUAGUUUCACAUAAAUAGGGAGGUCUGAUUCUCGUUCAAAGAAGUGUCAUUUAUGACGUCACAGUAAAAUGACUUUUGAUAUGACAAAAGAUACUACAUCCAAAUCCACAGACUUUUAUGAACUUGAUUUCAAAUUUUUACAUACUAUUUUAUUUUACAAUGUGUCGAUUCACUUUGUAACUGUUUAUUACCAAAAAGAAACUGAAUGUUAAACGAAAAUUAUGAACACCAAUACAAAAUGAAAUUAGAAUUUAUAAGUGAUAUAAUUAAUGUGUAUUUAUAUGUGUUUCGUAGUGUUUAAGGUAACUUGUGGAGAUUUCCGGUUUAAUUAGCACUAAGCGUGAAAUUUCGAUUGAAAUUUUUGUAUUAAAAAUAUCUUUAAAAUCUAAUAAAACAUUGAAAAAAUGCCGGUUUACCGGUUGACAUUUCAUUCGAAAUUUGACAUUAAAAUGGUUAAACUGGGAAAUUUCAGCAAACAUCGACGCCGUACCGGCAUAUAUCUACAUUAUAUUUUAUAUAGAUGUCAAAUUCAUAAUUGUAAUUAAACUUAUAUACAUUGCAGCAUAGAUGUACUAAUGUAUUAGAAAUUAAUGAUAAUUAAAUGUUUUCUUCGGGCUCCUGGACAGUGUUGAACUGUAAUGCCAUCUCUAUUAGAUUAGUACGUCGCGCUCAGUGCUUAAUAAAAUUGUGUAAUAUAGCUUAAAAAUUAAAAAUCAUGUAAAUUUCGAUGUCAAUUUUAGAGCACCGCGUAGUGCGGGCGGUUUUGUAUGGAGUAACAUUUGCUACCACAAUUUUUGCAACAAUCUUAAAAUAUAGCGUAAAGCUUACGUUUCGCACGAGCGAUUUGAUGCGAUCCGACGCGAUGCGAUGCGAUUUUAUGAAUAUUCAUAUGAUUCUACAAAAUAUUAUGUUGUAUCUACACAGAUACAGUGAAAAGAUUGCGUGUUUAAUUUUUCGGGCAUUAAUGAUGUAUUUGUGGAAAUAGCUAUACAUUUAGAGCAUAUAGUAUUGUACAAAUUUACGUCGCUGACAAACACGCCAUGGUUAUUAACCAAUAUCAAGAUUAUUUAUUUAAUAUCAAAGUAUUAAACACUAGAACCAAAUAUUGUGCAAUAAUUGAAAAUAACAUUUGAGCAUUAUCAAAAACGAUAACUUGAGAAAAGUACAAUUCAUUUAUUAAAUAUUUAUGUAUUUUUUUAAUUUCAAUUGGGUAUUCUGAAACUUCGCAUCGCUUCGCACCGUAUCGCAGCGACUCGUUCUGACGAAACGCGAUUUAAGUGUAAGUGGAAAAAAAAGUUUUUAUCAGAUGUUUGAUGUUGAAUUGUUGUUAGUUUGAUUAGAUUGUGUUCUCUCUCUUACUCUGUCUGUUUCUCUUCAACACUUCGUAGCUCAACUUUCCCGCUCGGUAGAGAGCGGGUAUUGUCUUUCUUUCUGAUAAGAUUCUAGCGGCUACUGGGGUUUGUAUGUUUGAUUAUUAUCAGUAAAUCGAAGUAUUUGGGUUAUCAAAUAAUUUUUUACAACUGCGGUAACAAUUGUUUUUAAAUUGUCACUUAUUAGGGACAAAUUCCCCCCCCCCCCCCUUUUUUUUAAAAUGCGGAUUAUUAGUUUAACUUUUGCAUAUUUAAGCAGAUGACUAGCCAAGAUAAAUUGGCCGACCGAAAUCCGGUCAAAAAUCAUAUAUUUUUGACCGGAUUUCGGUCGGCCGCAACUAUAUUUUUGCUUUACUAUCAUAUAAUUUUGCGUCAUUUGGCCAACAACAAUUAAAUGAAUAUUAAACUUCAUUAUCAUUUUGACUAUUACAAGCUCCAGUAGUCGCUUGGCUUCAGAGCAAAUACUUUUGUAUUCUACUUCUAGACCGCCAAUUCAGAACUCUUAAACUGAAUUUUUGUUGCUUCCUUCGGGACUUGGCUUUUAAGUAAAUCGUAAGCUGCAUAAAUUAUAAAAAAAAUACUCAACCCCAAUUAUUAUAUUAAAAAUGUUGAGUAAUUGAAUUAGUGUAUGAAAAUCAGGGAUUCAAAAAUAUUGAAUUAUGUAAUUCUAAAGUAAGUUCAGACAUUUAAAAUAAUUAAAAAUGGACCGGCAAAUAUUUUUGAAAACCACUAAAUGCCACACAAGUUAAUUAUUUUUGUAAAAAUUUGCAUUGUAAUUUUUUAAUGUUUUGAAUCUUCUGGUCUAGAAGCAGAGUACAUAAAGUGUGCUCUUCAGAGUAUAAUCGUCGUUGAUGUUGUAAACAAUUGUGAUAUGUGAAGAGGCGUGGCGCGCCGCGGGCUGCGGCUAGUGUUGCCAUACGACGAGCUAGUUUAGUUAGGUUAGAUUGUAGAGAGAUGUAUUUUUGUACCGUCUCGACGAAGUUGGGGUCAAUUGACGUUGAUUUUUAAAUAUAUAUAAAAUGCAGGGCCGCUUGUGAAGUACUGACAAGUUAUAAUAAAACUUUUUUGCUUAAAACGUAUAGAGACAUAUCGACAUGAAAUAUAAUCCUUAUUAAUGUGAGUUUGUUUCUGAGCAAGCGCAGGAUUUUAAAAUUAAAUUGAGCGAAGCCAGUGAUUUAAAAAUAUGUUCUUGAUAGUAGCGAGGGAUUCAACACUACAAGAUCUAAAUAAUAAUACCUACUAUUUGCUUAGAUUAAAUAUAGAUUUGUAUUUUUUAUCAAGCGAAGCGAAGGAUUCUUAGAUUGUACCGAACGAAGCGAGUGAUUCAUAAUUAGUUUCUGACUGUAGCGAGGGAUUCAACACCACAAACAAGAUCUAAAUAACCAUAAUAUGCGCAACACAAAUUUUGAUACAACGAUUAGCAUUUUUGAAGUACAAAUAAUGCGUUUUCAGACUAGGAAAGACUUUAAAAUAAAAACUAAUUUAGUGUAGUCUUGUCAGUACUUUGUAAACUGCUUUGUGAACGGAACAAACAAAGGAAAUAUUAAUGAUUGUGUUAACAAGUACCUGCAUGUGGAGACGAUCCGUCCAACAGCGGAGGCACUGUAUAGUUAGUGUAAGGCGCUACGUAGACCCUUCCUCGCACACUUCCCCCUCCUGUAGGGCUAUAACGCCAGCCACACAUAGUCAAGUUUACUGUGAAAUUUGGCUAUGGAUUUUUUUUUUUCACUUUUACAUCCCUAAGUGCACUGCCAACUUGAUCGUGUGUGGCUGGCUUAGUGAUUUUUCAUAACUCGAUAGUGUGAGCUUCGAAAUCACAUCUACCUCUCUCUAUCUAUGUAUUGUGUUAGACAGAGUUAGAAUAAGGUGAAUUCGAUACAUUGUGGUGUUACAAUUACAUUGUUAUAGCACUACUGUCCACGAUGUAACGCCUCGUUGAGGACUUAUAAAGUAAUGUUUCAUUCUAUGUUUAUCACCCCUUACUCUAAAUGAGUCAUAGGGUUGAAGUUAAGAGUGUUUACACCUAGACAAGCACUUUUCUUCUUAAACACCUCAAUGCCUCAACGGUAACUCAAUGUCUCAAAGCCUCAAUAGCUCAACGGUAAGAGCGAUCGGACUCAUCACCGAGGUGGUGGUGGAUCCCCGCCCCGUUGGUCUAUUGUCGUACCCACUCCUAGCACAGUCUUUUCCGACUAGUUGGAGGGGAAUGAGAAUAUUGGUCCUAUUAUAAAAGUAUAAAAUAUAUGGCAAAUAUUUAUUAUUCUAUAAAAAAUAAAGAAAAAAAAGAAAAAAAAAAAACCCAAGUAAGCUAAGCAUCAUCACCUAAAGUAAGGUUAAUCUUCAUGUUGUUUUGCAGUUUGGUUAAAAUUAAAUUUAACAAUAUUUUCAGUUUGUCGUCAUCUGGCAUUAAUCUAUACUGUAUAACCAAGACGUGAUCACUAUAAAAAUCUUAAGUAGUGAUUACGUCACUAUUAGAACUAUUUAAGAUUUAUAUAGUGAUUACGUCACUAUAUAAAUAUAAAUCUUCGAGGCGUUACAGCUACGGACAAAAACUUCUAUUGUUAUAAUAAAUUCGAAGAUAAAUAUAUAACUGUUGACAGAUUCAGAAAUCGUCUUCAAAUUGCUACUCUUUUCACAUCUCCUUUCUAUUCAUAUGGGUUUGAAAUUGUUACUCUCUAAUUUGAGUCGUAUUUAAAAUUGUCCUGAAGUCAUUUACUACAUCCAACAACAAAGCAUCCACCAUCUGCGAUCCUGCCCAGUCUAGACCAGUGUUCUUCAAGCUAUGGUGUAUAAGUUACACCAAUAGUGCGAGAAGACGCAUGAAUUCGUGGGAAUACUCGAGAAUUUCGUACUACAAACUGACCGAGCCCCAUUUCGCCACUUCCCGUGAAUUUCACUGUCGGCGCCGAUAAUGAAUAUGGAUUAUACUACAUUACAUAUAACAUUAACAUGUUACAUUAUUAACCGUAUUCAACACCACGAGAUUUAUACAGGGUCACAGGAUAUACAUAGCGGUGCCUUUAAAGGGGUGAUAGAAGGGAUCAUUAGCUAUCAAAGUUCAUAAUGUUUUAUGGUGCAAAAAUGUACCAAUUACGAAGGACUCUACUUGCGCGAGACUUUUGUCUUGUCCUUUUUUAGCAGACUCAGAAGUGAUUACAAAAAUAAGUAAAUUAAUGUCGAACAAAGGUGACAAAUGAAACUGUAACCAAAAUAAGACCCUAGAAUGGCAGAGAAUGACCUUGAGUGAAGUCACGCACUUGUGACCGUUGUGUGUAGGGUUAAAGACGUCUUUGACUGUUAACUAACACUCCCCUUUUUCACUAAAGUCACUCUCCCCGCCUAUCUCAGGUAACCCAUAAAGAAUUACACAACAAGAAAUGUGGACGGCUCGAACGCCACGAGCACACUGAAGCCGUCCGUACCACAAGUCGUUGCAACGUGGCGAUAACACCUUUGCCUCUCCUAAACUGCCUUAUCUCACAAUUGGAGACUGGCUAAAUCCAAUCCCUAUACGUCCAAACAUUUUUCUUUUUAACGCCGGGUAAAUGUAAAUUGAGCUUAUAUUUUCCGCAGUAUAAAACAAAUUAAUCGUAAGUAUACUAGUAGUCCAGCGGUACGACAAUUUACAGAACACUGAUCUAGACUAGAACACUGGUUCAAACAAAGCUUUUCAAUUAUUCGAAUGCAGCUCGUAAGUUUGGACGGUGUGGACCUUAGAGUACCUAACUCUAAGUUGUGGACGCAUAGAGUAACGAUUCAAAGCUCAUAGACAGCCAAAGCUCUUAGUGUUCCCUGUUCCAGUAGUGCAGCCGCGCGCCCCGCGCCCCGCGCCUCUAUAAAAUGGUGUAUACUUGUAAACAUAGACGGUAUUUGUAUCACUUACCUCGGCCAGUGUAGUGCAAGAGACAACCGUGACAUUGCCAAGUCUAAACCCCCAUUCACGCGGCAUUGUCCUGUCUGUUUUUUUACAGUAUACGUUGUAAAGAAUAUAUACUGGCAUACAUGUUGUACGUAGAUACGUUCACACGACGUUGAUACUGUAUAAAUGUAUGACCAUGUUAUAUUAUAAUAUGUUUAGACGUAUUUGUUUCAAAAACUUGCAGGAUUUUGUGGGAUAUUAAAAUUACAUAAAGAUAUUAGAGCAUAUUAAAAUUACAAAAAAUUAGGCCAUUAAGUUGGUAAUUUUAAUUGUUAUUAAUUUGCUGUAUUUUAAAUAACAAAACUAUGGAUUUAUUUAGUUUAAGAUAGUGAAAGUAAUUUCUAAUUGCUCACAUAUGAGAUUUAAAAUUAUUGUAUUAAUUUGUUUUAUUUUAAAUAACACUUUAAAUAAUGUCAAGAUAAGUUGAAGUAUUUUUAUUUGCUUAUUUUAGUAAUAUUAGUUAUGAAUUUAAAAAAUGUUGUUUAAAUCGAUCGUUGUCAUAUCUUUUUUCGCGUAGUACAAGAAUGAUACCGACAGAUUUAUUCACAUAAUUUUAAACAACACCAAUAGAGGCUUUGUGAUAUAUUUGUCGCUAAUCAAAUGUUACAGUUGUCUCUUGUACUACAAAAUAUUAUUAUGUUGGUAGCUAAGCUAGAGAAACGUAUAGGCUCCGGCAUUUUUUCUAACUAGGCCAAGAGCUAAUAUUGGUCGACGGUUCAUGAUUUAAUCAAAAAGGCAAUUAUGUAAUAAGGCAAUCAGUUAUGGAUGAUUCGCCUCUCUCAUGCGAAAACCCGGUCGGCAUUUCCGUAUUGCAGUUGCGGUGUCUAUAUAUAGCUGAAAAUCUAGCCGGCAAGCAUAGCCCAGCAAUAAAUUAAAGCAAUAUUCAUAAAAUUACGAAAUAUGAAUGUCAAGCAUCUGGCUAGGGAAACUCGUAGCAUUUAAUAAUUGCAUUGUUAUAUAGAUCCUGCAAACUAUUUCGUAUAUUACAGUGGAAUUAUCGAAGGGUAUUUCGUAUUCGAUUCAGAGAGAUGUUAUGUUAAACUGUAACGUGUAUGGUUUGUAACAUUUUUGUGCAUAGUCUAAUGUAUUCACAGGGUAUAUUUGUGUUACAUUUAGUGAAAUGGAAAAUGUUUGUAACGUAGCAACAUUCUCAUGUUACGUUCGUUUUCAGUUUAUUCUGUGUAUUAUGAAGUCAUGCUCGAAGCGAGGCAAUAUAAAAUUCAUCCCUGAGUUCAUACCUACUAGAAAUAAUCGUAUCGAUGAUGUUCAUUUUAGUUGCCGUCAACUACAAUUGUUUUUCGGCAAUCUAUUGUUAUAAAUUUAAAUAGCGCAAGCUUCAGCAGUUCAGGGGCUGAACACAAAUCCGAGAGGUCUUGUGUUCUAUUCCAGCGUACUUUUUUUUUGUCUGCUGCGCGACCUACUGCUUAGUAUUAAUUUAUAUGGACCACUAAACAAAGCUCGAGACCGCGACACGCAACACUUUUGUUUAGGGCUCCAUAUAAAUCAGUGGGUCGCGCGACCGCUACCUGCGACCAAGACCAAGUCGCAGUCGCCAAAAACGGAAGUCUACCUUAUGAAUGCCUCGACUCGAGCAAUGCACAAGACCGUAACAGGACCGUACACGGCACGGUUUGCCACCGAUCAUCCCUUAUCACACUAGCGUCCAUUUUUCGAUACAUACAAGUGUCGUAUCGGUGCCAAUACAUAAUAGAUCAUAAUUAUUAAUGAUAAUUAUAAUACAUACAUAAUAUAUAUUUACAUUUUAUUAUUAAUUAUAUACAUUUGAUCGUUUACUUUGUAUAUCCGUGUAUUCAUUGCGACGUGUGCGGAGGACUCCUAUACCAGAUUAAUAAAUGAUACAAAAACAUUA